AUGGCGGACAAGGUCGAGAAUGCCAAUGCCGCCAUGGCGAAGCUCCAGCUUGACGAGGAGACUGGAGAGAUGGUAUCUAAGGGGGAGCUGAAGAAGAGAAUGCAGAAGAGAGCAAAGAAGGCUGCCAAGGAAGCCAUUGCGAAGGAUGCGCCUCCGGCAGAGAAGAAGGCCCCACCAAAGCCCAAGGAGAAGCAGGAGGAGGUCAUCGACACCGAUGCCAUGUUCAAGCAGGGCUUCCUCGCUGAAGUGUUCGAAAAGAGGCCCAUGAAGCCGGUCUUCACGCGAUUCCCUCCUGAACCAAACGGAUUCUUGCACAUCGGCCACGCGAAAGCAAUCGCAGUCAACUUUGGCUUCGCGAGAUUCCACGGCGGCGAGUGCUACCUAAGAUACGACGACACCAAUCCCGAAGCAGAAGAGGAGGUCUACUUCACUGCCAUCCUGGACACCAUUCGGUGGCUCGGGUUCAAACCUUACAAGAUCACCUACUCUAGCGACAACUUCCAGAAGCUAUACGACCUCGCGGAGAAGCUGAUAGGGCUAAGCAAGGCAUAUGUAUGCCACUGUGACGACGCGGAAAUCAAGCUGCAGCGUGGCGGUGAGAAGGGCGAGAGUCCUCGAUAUCGAUGCAAACAUGCGGACCAGUCCGCGGAAGAAAACCUCCAGAAAUUCAGAGAUAUGAGGGACGGCAAAUACCAGCCCAGGGAAGCAUUCCUCCGCAUGAAGCAGGACAUAACAGACGGCAACCCCCAGAUGUGGGAUCUCGCGGCCUAUCGCGUCCUGGACAAGCCUCAUCACCGCACAGGAGACACUUGGAAGAUCUACCCAACCUACGACUUCACCCAUUGUCUAUGCGAUUCGUUCGAGGGCAUCACUCACUCGCUAUGCACAACUGAGUUCAUCCUGAGCAGGGUAAGCUACGAGUGGCUGAACAAGACUCUGGAAGUCUACGAGCCCAUGCAGCGCGAGUACGGGCGCCUUUCCCUCAGCGGCACUGUCCUCUCGAAGCGGAAGAUUCUAAAGCUAGUGGAGGACAAGAUUGUGCGAGGUUGGGACGACCCAAGGCUGUACACACUGAUGGCGAUCAAGCGGAGGGGUGUCCCCCCAGGUGCGAUUCUCGAGUUUGUCAACGAACUUGGUGUUACUACCAACGCCACUGUCAUCCAGAUUGUCAGGUUCGAGCAGUCGAUCCGGAAAUACCUGGAGCGCACAGUACCGCGGCUUAUGCUGGUUCUGGACCCCAUCCCGGUUGUCAUCGAGGACAUCGGCACUGAAGAAGGCAAGGAGCUCACGCUGCCGUUCUCGCCAAAGAACCCUGCCAUGGGCAGCCACACCGUCAAGCUCACCAAGACCGUGUACAUCGACCGCUCCGACUUCCGCGAGGUCGACGACCCCAGCUACUUCCGUCUGGCCCCCGGCAAGACCGUCGGGCUACUCCAGAUCCCCUACCCCAUCAAGGCGACCUCCUUCACCAAGGACGAAGCGACCGGCAAGGUCACGGAGGUGCGCGCCGUGUUCGACCGCGAGGCGAAGAGGGCCAAGACGUACAUCCAGUGGGUCGGCACGGACGGCUCCCGCCGCUGCGAGGUGCGCGUGCACAACCCGCUCUUCAAGAGCGACAACCCGAGCGCCGUCGAGGGCGGCUUCCUGAGCGACCUCAACCCGGAGAGCGAGGUGGUCUACCCGGACGCGAUCAUCGAGUCCGGCAUUGACGAGGUCAGGCGGCGCGCGCCCUGGCCCGAGGCGGCGGGCGAGAGCGAGCUUGGCAAGGGGGGCCCAGAGUCCGUCCGGUUCCAGGGAAUGCGGGUGGCUUAUUUUGCUCUGGACACCGACAGCACGGAUGACAAGAUCGUCCUGAACAGGAUCGUGUCGCUGAAGGAAGAUGCCGGUAAGAACUAG